UGGCACGGCAACUGAUAAACACUUGCAGCAGCUGGAGUGGAGUUACAGUUUGAAAACUUUUCAUCUCUCUAUUUAAAAAAUUGUUGUAUAGCGCUCGUUAUCUAUACAAUAAAAGGGUAUUUCUUAUCAAUAGUGUGUUAUCUCUUGGACACAAUGCCUGUAGUUCACAAGACAGGAACUGUGAAAUCCAAGCAGGGGUCAAACACUCAGUCCCAGAAGGCACCCACAGCAAAGACUGCAAAAGCUGCCAGCAAGAAAAAGGAUGAGGAGGAUGGAACAGAGAUGGGUGAAGGAGAUGAGUGGAUGCAAGGGAAGACUCUGAUCAAGCCACUUGACCAGCUGGAUCUCACUGAGGCUGAGUUAAAAGAGGAAUUCACCAGGAUCCUGACUGCUAACAACCCACAUGCCCCUCAGAAUAUCGUCCGCUACAGCUUCAAGGAACGUUCUUACAAGCCAAUCAGCAGUGUGGAUCAGCUGGCUGUCCACUUUGUGCUGGAGGGUAACCUGUUGCACCAGGACUCAGAUGAGGCACGCAGACAGAGGGCCAAACAGGGCCUCCCUGAGGAAAAAGCCACAGUUGAGACCGCUGUAGCUGAAAAGCCUGAGACUCCGGCUGCAGGUGGGGAGGAUGCAGGGGAUGUGGAGGAGGGCGGGGGAGAGGAGAGAGCUGACAGUGUGGAGUCCAAGGCUGGCAAGAAGGAGCAGAAAAUCACCAACCAGUUCAACUUCAGUGAGAGGGCCUCCCAAACUCUCAACAACCCACUCAGGGAAAGGGGAUGUCAGACAGAGCCCCCUCCUCGUGCAAACUUCUCAGCUACUGCCAAUCAGUGGGAGAUCUAUGACGUGUAUUUGGAGGUGCUGCAGAAGCAGGAGAAGAACAAGGAGAAGGCGAAAGCCGUCCCCAAGAAGGACGACGACAAAGGCAAGAAGAAGAUGAUGCUGGUGGAGACCCAGAGUGAUGACAUCACCAAAGUGGCCAAGGUGGCCAAGAUCAUCGAGCGGAUGGUGAACCAAAACACGUUUGACGACAUUGCACAAGAUUUUAAGUACUUUGAGGAUGCUUCUGAUGAGUACCGGGAGCAGGAGGGCACCCUUCUCCCCCUCUGGAAGUUUCAGUACGACAAAGCCAAGAGGCUGUCUGUCACUGCCCUCUGCUGGAAUGAAAGCUACAAAGAUUUGUUUGCCGUCGGCCUUGGAUCAUAUGACUUCACCAAGCAGGGGCGGGGCAUGCUGGUGUUCUACUCCCUGAAAAACUCCACUUUCCCUGAGUAUAUCUACCCCACGACGUCGGGCAUCCUGUGCCUGGACAUCCACAAGCACCUGCCCUACCUGGUGGCCGUGGGCUUCUACGACGGCUGCGUGGCCGUCUACAACCUCAAAGAAGAGACGCUGCAGCCCAUCUAUAAGAGCACCGCCAAGUCUGGCAAGCACACCGACCCUGUGUGGCAGGUGAAGUGGCAGAAGGACGACAUGGACAACAAUCACAACUUCUUCUCUGUGUCAUCUGAUGGCCGUGUGGUGUCAUGGACUCUUGUCAAGAAUGAGCUGGUCUUCACAGACAUCAUCAAGCUGUCGUUGGCGGGAGCUGUGUCAGAAGGACCAGAAGGCGUGCAACUUCCCAUCAUGGCUUGUGGAACAUCCUUCGACUUCCACAAACAGAUUGACUACCUCUUCCUGGUUGGCACGGAGGAGGGCAAGAUUCACAAGUGCUCCAAGGCUUACUCCAGCCAGUUCCUGGAGACCUACAAUGCCCAUAACAUGGCAGUGGACGCAGUUAAGUGGAACCACUUCCACACCAAGGUCUUUAUAUCCUGCAGCUCUGAUUGGACCGUCAAGAUCUGGGACCACACCAUCAAGACCCCAAUGUUCACCUUUGACCUGAACGCCUCUGUGGGAGAUGUGGCAUGGUCUCCUUACUCCUCCACUGUCUUCGCUGCAGUCACCACUGAUGGCAAGGUUCAUACCUUUGACCUUAGCAUCAACAAAUAUGAGGCCAUCUGCCAGCAGCCGGUGGUGGCCAAGAAAAAGACUAAGCUGACUCACAUUGAGUUUAACCCCGUCUACCCCAUCAUCAUCGUGGGAGACGACCGAGGAUAUGUUACCAGCCUCAAGCUCUCGCCUAACCUGCGCAAAAAACCCAAGGAGAAGAAGGGUCAGGAGCUGCCCAAGGGGCCUGAGGUGGAGAUCGCCAAGAUGGAGAAGCUGCUGAGUUUACUGCGGGAGCCAGAGAACAGCAAUGCUUAGAAACUAUGACAACAUCAUGCAGGACUGUAGUCGCCCACUAUUUCUACUACUGCACUCCAGUUAUAAACCCACCACCAGUCAUGCCUUAUUACUACUGUCUUCUGUCUUCUAAAGCUGCAUACUAAAGCCACCGUUCCUUCCCAUGUUGAAGUAUAGUGCGGUCUAUUGAAUCUGUGCAAUCUAGCCUACUGUUUUUCUCACUCUUGCGCUGUGCACUAUACUAAACAUAUAGAUAGUCAGUGUGCAACCAGCAACGUCUCCUUUACCUGAUGCGGCAAAACCACUCAAGCUUUGGGUUAUAUUUUUUGGUUUUGGAAAACAGAGUAGCUCAGUUUGUUUGGAAAUAUUAAUAAAAAAUAUUUAUCAUUC